AUAUGCGGAACCUGAAGGAGGAGGAGGGAGCAGAGACGGAGUUAAUCAUAUUUCAAGUAUUUUCUGUAUAAAGAAGUCUCCUUUUUCGGCGGAAUUAAAGACAAACACGCAGACAAACUGCUGGUUUCACUCCAGUGAUGUCUUCCCUGUGGUGGGAGCAGUUGCCCCUGCAGGCCUCAAACGGUACCUCUCCCUCUGGUUUCGCGGACAACAGUAGCUGCUUCAGCGCUACGCAGAGCACCGUACUCAAGGGACUCAGCUUUGGAGGAGUUCCCAUCGUGCUACUGAUUGAUUUCUCUGUCUUUCUGGUGUUGCUGGUCGUCUUCUCUAUUAUCAGGAGGAAGUUCUGGGACUACGGGCGUCUGGCACUGGUUGCAGACAACGAUGGGUUCACUGAUUCAACACGGCGUCGCUAUGGGCACAAGUCAUCCUUGGUGUCUAGCGUGGAUGAGUUUGAGCAUGAACUGGGAUUCUGCUCCUGGCUGCCGUACAUCCUCAGAAUGGAUGAUGCAAAAAUGCAAACCAGAUGUGGCAUGGAUGCUGUUCACUACUUGUCCUUCCAGCGUCACCUCAUCAUCCUGCUGAUGGUCAUUACUGUCACCUCCCUCGCAAUAAUACUGCCUGUCAACAUGACUGGAGACUUGCUGAGUACUGAUCCACACAGUUUUGGGAGGACAACUGUUGGGAAUCUUCAAAAGGGGAGCAAACUGUUAUGGCUGCACACAGUGUUUGCAGUUCUGUAUCUGACCCUGACAGUCGUUCUGCUGCGACGUCACACAUCACGAAUGAAAGGAAUGCGCAGAGAAACGACCAGAAACACUUUGUUUGUGUGUUCAGUCCCUAAAACAGCAACAGAAGAGGCAGUAAAGACCCAUUUCAUAGAGGCGUACCCGUCCUGCAGAGUGUGUGCUGUGACUCUGGGCUAUGACGUGUCCAAACUCAUGUACCUUGAUAAGGAAAGGAUGCGAGCUGGAAAAAACCUGCGCUACUACGAGCGUGUCUUAGAGAAUACGGGGAAACGUGAGUUGAUUAACCCCCGUCUGUGUGGUCACCUCUGCUGCUGCACCAACUCUGAGAAGGUCGAUGCCAUAACGUUCUACAGCACUAAAGAAAAAGACCUGCUGGAGGAGGUAAGGAAGCAGGCAGAACUGGUGCCACAGCGCCCCCUGGGGAUGGCCUUCGUCACUCUGCAGACUGAAGCCAUGGCCAAGUUCGUUCUGAAAGACUUCAAUGCACUCGAGUGUGGCAGCACAAGCUGCUGCUGCUGCGGGAGGAUGCCCCAACCUUCAUCUGACAGUGCGACUCUGAAAGUGAACAGGUGGAGCGUUGGUUAUGCACCCCAUCCCAAAAAUGUGUAUUGGGACAAUCUGUCGGUGCGAGGUUUUCAGUGGUACAUGCGCUAUCUGAUGCUCAAUUUCUUCCUUUUCUUCCUGCUCACCUUCCUCACGACUCCCACCAUCAUUAUCAACACCAUGGACAAGUUCAACGUGACGAUGCCCAUCUACUAUCUCAAUAGCCCGAUCAUCAGUCAGUUCUUCCCCACUCUCCUGCUGUGGACCUUCUCCGCGCUGCUGCCUACAAUAGUUUACUACUCCACAAUAGGAGAGUCACACUGGAGCAGGUCCAGUGAGCAGCUGAGCAUGAUGCGUAAGCUGUAUUUCUUCCUGCUCUUCAUGGUGCUAAUCCUCCCCUCGCUGGGACUCACCAGUCUUGCAGUGUUUCUCCGCUGGCUGUUUGAUAAAGAGUUUCUCGUUGGUGGGAAACUGAGGUUUGAGUGUGUGUUCUUACCUGACCAAGGGGCAUUCUUUGUGAAUUACGUGAUCACCGCGGCUCUGGUGGGCUCCGGGAUGGAGUUGCUGCGAUUGCCGGGGUUGCUUCUUUACACCAUUCGUAUGGCGCUCGCUCGCUCUGCUGCUGAAAGGAAAUAUGUCAAGCAGAACCAGGCCUAUGAGUUUGAAUACGGAGCCAUGUACGGCUGGUCGCUGUGUGUGUUCACUGUCAUUAUGGCGUACAGCAUCAUAUGUCCUAUUAUUGUGCCUUUUGGCCUCCUCUACAUGAUGCUGAAGCACCUGGUGGACAAACACAACCUGUACUUUGCAUACCUGCCUGCUCGCCUGGACCGUCAGGUCCACCUGAAAGCUGUCAAUCAAGCUCUGGCCGCGCCCAUCAUCUGUCUCAUAUGGCUCUACUUCUUCUCCGUCCUCAGAGCAGGUUUCCAGACCGCUACGUCUCUGUUCACACUGGUGGUCCUGGUCAUCACUGUCUUCAUCUGCAUCAGCUACACCUGCUUUGGCCAUUUCAAGUACCUCAGUCCACACAACUACACGGUGAAAGACGAGGAUGAGGAUACAGUAGAGGGAGUGGAAGAAAACACCAUGGUCUACCUCCCCAGAGUGCUUAAUCCCAAAUCACCUGCCAGAGCACAAGAGGGGUCUAAACUUCAGCCGUCUUACGGCUCUACAGACGGCAGCCCGAUGCAGAGCUCCACCCCAGUGACAGACAGCAUGUCAGACGAUGGCUGAAUCAGCGAGUUUGAACGCUGAGUCACUGCUUUGGAGUCAAGACGCACAAGACUUCUGAUCGUAAAUCUGCCACUCUCACUAUUUCAACAUCGAACACAGUUUGAAUUUUUAUCCUACUGCUCAGUCAAACACAGCUGGUCCAACUGAGAGAAAAUCUCCACCUGGUGCAAGAGAAUUGCGGGUGAUUGUUUCCAAAGACCUGCAGCACUGAGCAGUCAAACACAAGCCCAAUUUAUUCUGUUUUUGGAAAAAUGUGACUUAAAAGUUACAGAGAGGACUGUGUGUUGAAUUUAAACUGGAAAGGCAGAGUUAAAUAGGAAUUAAUUUAAUAUCUGGAUCAUUGUUUGCACUUAGUGGGGUGCUUAGUAGGGAUGCACCAACGUUUUUGGCCGAACAUCAGUAUUGGCCCACAUUUGCCUUGAUGAUGGCAGUGGUCGAUGUUUUUCUGUUGUGUCACAUAAUUUUAGCACAAGUUAAAAAGCAGGACUCACGACCAAUGUUGUCCCAUUGUUUCUAGGGAGGAUAGAAAACAUGUUUCGGAUGAACAUAUCUUCUCCGGGAAGCCUUUUGGGACAAAAGGACGCAGUAAACUCACUAUUGAUCGUCAAGGGACCCACUUUAUUUUUUCCCCAAUAGUGCUUAAAUGUGAAAAAAUCUGUUUUAAAACUGGCAGGAAAGCUAGUUAGUGUUAGCUGUGUGCAGUUGGUGGCCAGAAUUAAGUUAGUAGAGGUUGCAUUGAGUUACAUUACAAUGCGUUGUAGCUCUAUUCAGUAAAAAUGAUUAGUGGGCAGUGAAGGUGAGUUAUAAAUAUUGGGCCAGAGUUACACUUGCUGUUUAACCUUGCAUUCACAUACACACCCAGCUGCAUCCAGCUGCAUCAUGAGCGUUUUUGUAUAUACUUGCCUAUACGUGAUGUGUGUUACUGGAGGAUACCUGUAGAGGACACACAAGAGAGCUCAGGGUGUAUACAACUACUGGUGUGAAACUUGAAUAAAAUACAGUAGUUGAAUUUGAUUUUGAAUUUAUGAUACAUUAUAUAUGGUUAAAAGGCU